UCCCACAGCCAAGUGAAAGACUUUCAGUCUCUGACGGCAUUUCCUAGCGCGCAAACACUUUCUUUCGACGUCUCCACCCUUGUUCACAUUUCCACAGGAAAAGAAAUAAAUAUAUUUAACAGUUUUGAAAUAAAACUAACCACGAAAGUAUUCACCCGUCCGCUAACGGCAACGCGAGCCUAAAAGUCAUCUGAUUAAUGAGUGAAACCAUUUUCUUAGCCAGUUUCUCUAAUAAGUCAAUUAAUAAACACGCAAAUAUUUGCGAUUAACUGAAAUGUAAUAGAAUAAUCUUCCAUUAUACUUGGAACUCUAAAAAAAAAACUGAUAAACAAAAACAAAUAAAGUUCAAAAUAAAUCAGCAAAGUGGGAUUUUGGCACAGCAUGAGCCAAAGUUUUAAAACUUUAAUGCAAGGAGGUGAAGGAUCCGGAGACGGAGAAGGAGUUUCGUACUCGGAGCGACAAUCGUCGGAGGAUGUGCCGGAUUCGACGGCAACAACGGCAACUACAACAGCCGGCGAUGGUGGUGGUGGCGGUGGUGUCGGCACCCGGGAUGGCGGAGAGGAUGAUUUCACCGAUGACAACAAUUUUGAAUCGAAUUUGCGACGUCGCAAAGGCAAAAUAAUAUCCUGUGCCAAGGAGACCAUCGAGAAUGCUUCCCGCCAACUACGCCGCAAAGUGCCCUACGCCGGCCAUCUGAUGACGCCGCGACGCCUCUGGCUCAAUAAAAUUCCCACACAAUGUGACGUGGUUAUUGAAUUUCCAGAGGAUGCGCCAGACGAGGCACUCCGCUGGCUCCUGGCCCGCAUCCGCUCCCAACCGCCGGCCGGUCUUGGCCUCCUGGUCCAGGUCAAGGCGCACGAGAGUACGCGGCGGAAUGCCUUCUAUGUCAGUGCUCCGGUGAAUGUCCUCUUUAAAGCCGCCGAAGAUGCCCGCCUGCCAAAGCGUUUAAGACCGGAUUUGGGCGGCGCACUUAGAGAGUUCACCACCCGCGAGAGUCACUGCUUCCAACAGUUGCGUGGGGAUGUGGGCAGUACGGUGCUGUUCACUUCACAGGAACGUCAAUGGCUGGUCCUUCAGGUGCUCCAAGGACUGCGGGCCGGCUGCAGUGACAUCGAUGCUUUGCACGGACGAGCGGCUGUUUCUGAGGGCCAGAGCAUCGUGGCUGCCUGGCAGGAGUCCGGCCUGAUCACACAGGUCUUUCCUCUGCACGAACCCAGCUCUCUGACUCAGCUCCAGACGCAUUGGGUUAAACAGAUAUUUGCACCACAGCCUUUAGAUGACAUUGCUGCCUAUUUUGGCGUUAAGGUUGCCUUAUACUUUGCCUGGCUAGGUCAUUACACCUGCGCUUUGGGCGUACCGGCUGUUUUUGGCACCAUUCUCUAUUGCAUCCUCUGGGGCAAGGGUCAGACGGCCCAGGACAUGGGUCAUGUGCUCUUCUCCUUAUUCAAUGUAGCUUGGGCCUCGCUCUACUUGGAGGCUUGGAAACGGUAUUCCGUGGAGUUGGCUUUCCGUUGGGGCACUUUAUCAACGCCACCAGAGUUGCUGGAGCCGCCCAGGCCCUUGUACAAGGGUCCUUUGGAGGAGAACAACGUAACUGGGCGACUAGAGCCCAGGGAAGCACCUGCUUGGCAACGACGUGCGUUUCGCUACCUGGUCAGUUUUCCAAUUAUAGGAUGCUGUCUCUGCAUGGUCUUUGUUGUUAUGUUUCUCAUGUUGCGCUUUCAGGAUUGGCUGGAUCACCAUAACAUACCAGACAAAGGAAUUGCUCAAUGCAUGUAUAAUUUGCACAAGGAUUGGUGGGACUCGAAACUGCCGGAGGAGAGCGUCCUGUGCUGCCUAAGUGUCAUCCCCAAGGUUCUACUGGCAGGAGCCAUUACCCUAAUGGACGAGGCUUACUUUAAAUUGGCCGUGUGGCUUAACGACCGGGAAAACUAUCGUCUGCAGUCAAAAUAUGAGAAUCACUUAAUAGCCAAAGUGGCUUUGUUCCAAUUCGUCAACUCUUUCCUAUCGCUUUUCUAUAUUGCCUUCUAUUUACGGGACGAGGAUAAGCUCAAAGAGCAACUGGCUGGUCUCUUAAUUUCCCGUCAAAUUAUUGGAAAUCUUCGCGAGUCCGCCCUUCCCUACUUUGUCGAACAAUGGAAGUUGGCCAAGCUGAGCUUCAAUAUGUGGGGAGCUCUGAGCCCCACCCAAAAUGUGACACGCAGCCUGGCCGAAGAACUGGCCACUGCCGAGGCCGAGCUGAAGGCGGAGGGAUCCGGCACGCCCACUAAAAGCCAACACCACCAAACUGAAUCCAAACGGAAUAUCGGACAGGCCGAAAUUGAGAGUUCUUUGUACAAGUAUGAUGGCACAUUCUCGGACCAUUUGGAGAUGCUUGUUCAAAUGGGAUAUGUGGUGCUCUUCUCGGCCGCCUUUCCCCUGGCCGGCGUCUGCGCUUUGAUCAACAACCUGAUGGAGAUUCGUUCCGAUGCCUUCAAGCUGGCCCAUGUGCAUCAGCGUCCGUUUGGACAGCGUGUGGCCAACAUUGGCACCUGGCAGAAUGCCCUGAGCAUCCUUUCCCUGGCAGCUGUCAUCGUGAACUGUGCCCUAAUUGGCCUUUCUGGCCAGGUUUCGAGGCUGUGGCCGGGACUGACCACCGCCCAGACAAUAAUUCUGAUUGUCACUCUCGAGCACAUAAUGUUGGGUUUGCGGCAGGCACUCACUUGGUUACUGCCGGAGUUGCCCUCCUGGCUGGCGGCGGAAAUCGCACGCGCCGAACAUUGCCGCCGGGAGAUGCAAUGCAAGGGCACAUCGCCACGACCCACACCGCCCACGCCGCAGUCGACCACGUCCACUCAGCCGGAACAAGAGGGUCCUAGCAGCAUGCAAAUGGAAAGCGGUGCCAAUACCACCCACGAUCAGUCCAUGGAGAGCCAGGUGGCCGACGAUAUACUGCUCUAUGGUCAGGAUUUCGCCAGCUAUGGUCGCAACAUAGAGGCGGAUGUUAAUAUUUAUGAGAACCGCGACUCGUCACCGGACUCACCGCCCUCACAGACCAGCACCAUACUCAUCAGGCCGUUGCAUGAGUCAACCCCCCCGCACGGCGGCGCCUCAAUGUCGAGUCUGCAUCAGGACGGCAAUGGCGGAGCUUGUCAGAGUUGUAUUAGAAAAUCGCAAAUCUUUAUACCGGAAAUUCCGCCAUAUCUUGGAUAUUCAGUGAGAAAUUUAACAGCUCUAACCGGAAACAAUCCGAGAAUGAAACAACAGCAACAAAAGCUGAAAAGCGGAGCUUCUGCCAGCACGCUAGCCCUCAACUCGGCGGCAUAUGCAGCCCGAAUGCAGGCGAUGCAUAUCCAAGAAAUACCGCCAUUCCGAAAGAAAUCCAGCGAUUCAGCUGAUCACACUGGCAGCAGCACCAGCAGCAGUCCCCAGCGGACCACAAUGCGGCAAUUAUCCGGACAAAGGGAUCCGCAGCAGACGAUCCCGGAGAUACCACCGUACAAGACCCGAAAGAUAUCCGCGGAGAGCUCCACGCACCUGACCAUGAGCGACAAGCUACACAUUAAACUUCAUGCACCAGAAUGGAUGUCACGAUUAAAAGUCAACGAUAAUACGAAUCUCCAUAGAAGCAUAGAUUGUAUUGCAAAGGAACUUGGAAACACAUCAGAAACCGCGGACAUUCUAAAGCCAGCUCCAUCCUGGUGCAACGUGGCCAUGAAGUCCGGAGCACCUGGCAGCAAUUUAGCAACUCCGCCAGCCUCCCAGCAGCAGCAGCAAAUAGUCGCAUCCUCAUCCUCGUCCUCGGGUGGUGGCGGUAGCGUUUUCAGUCCCAGCGGUGCUGGUCCAACUGGCGCACCCGCUGGCAUUAGUAAUUCCCAAUCCCGGCCCAGUGUCGGCGCCCUAUCCAACUCCUCAUCCAGUUCAUCCCACAAGCAGCAACAGAAGCAGGCCAAGGAGGAAAGGGAACGAGAAAAGGAGAGGGAAAAGGAGAAGGAGAAAGAGAAAGAAAGGGAAAAGGAAAAGGAGAAAGAAAAAGAAAAGGAUAAAGAAGCUCAGGCCGCAUCCACAUCAGCGGGCAAUACGGAUGAUGAAGCCAAGGCUGCUGAAUUGGCUGCCAAGAAAUCCCGCCUAAAACAGAAGCUGGUCAAGAGUGCGAGAUCCGUGGCCAUAUUCUCCCUCAAACUGAAGGAGCGGAGACAGCGCGAGGCGGAGAAGGCAGCCACCAUAGCCGUAGAACAUGCCAAGGCUCUGGCAAAACUACCAAUGCCCCAGCCUGUGGGUGGCGAGUUGUCCUGUAUACCCAUCGAACAGCUUAUCCAAAUCGACGACAUCAAACCUGCGAUUAAGCCUGCAAGCACGACAGCUCCGUCAUCCUCGAGUCAAGCCGGAUCGUCGACGUAUCAAUAUCAGAAUCAGUACCAACAGCCGCAGCAUUAUCAUCUGCCCUCACAUUCGCACCCACAUACGGAUAAUUAAAUAUUAAUUAUUAAAUUCGAAAAUCCCGAAGUUAAUUAAACCACUCGCACACUUUGUAAAUAGUUUUCUAUGCACUUGAUCCUUCCCCCAUCUAGCUGAGAUCUUAUCGAAAUUACUGAUGAUAUGUGAGCAAAUUUGCUGAAUGUGUGUCUUGUCCAGAGUUGGAUGCAACUAUUAAACUAUACCUAGUAGUAUUUAGUAGGGAAACUAAGUUAUUUCAUUCAAAACAGAAGCGUAUGUUUUGCCGAAAUUAAUGACAUUAAAGCCUUCUGCAAUAGUUGAAACAUUCAAAAGCGAUCAAGCCAAAUGCAGAAAUAGCAAAGCAAUAAUGUUUUGAAAGACAAAUUUUAAAACGAAUUUUUGUUUAGCGUUUUAGCCGUUAAAUGUGUUUUUUGUAGUCAAUGUUAAUUAGCGUUUAGCAGUAAAAAUCAAUUUGUUACACGAAGAAAUGUUGAAAAUGUUACGUUUUGCAUUUAUGUUGCCAGUAAUUGAAUAUUGAAUAUACGUAUAUUAAUUAAGGAAUACAACAAUCAAACACACUCACCCACGAAUCAAAAUCUGACAGCACAACGACUUGCUGAGGCACUUACACGAAACGAAUACAGACAACUGUGAGAUAAUAUCGUCCAUUGUUCCUUCCAUAUUCAAAGGAUAAAGCCUUCGCACUCGCUUUUAGCUAUGGUACAACUGAUCGGAUUAAAACUAUCAACAUCUGCAGCUUUCUCUUACGAAAAACUAUAAAUAUAAUAUGCUGCAUUUCUUCGUUUACUCAGUAAUUGCUUUAUUACAAGAAAUAUGUAUCGUAUUGUAGGCAUAGGUCCUACUUUUAAACACAAGCGCACUCAAACACUCACCCAAACGAUAUUUGUAAAUAUAUUGUAGCUUUUAAGUGUAAUUGAAACGAUCUAUACAAACAAAACUAAUAUAAUGAUUGUAUGUGCUUUUGUGUUGGAUAAACAAACUCAAUUAAAGCCCAUUCAUUUGAGAAACCCA